CGCUGAGCAGGCGCCGGCUGCAGAGGAGGAUGCCUCCCUUCCACGUGCUCACCUUCGGCUUCUUAGCCCUGUGGCAAGUCGGCGGCCGAGCCCAGGAGCCCGAGUUCAGCUACGGCUGCGCGGAGGGCAGCUGCUACCCGGCCACUGGCGACCUGCUGAUCGGCCGGGCCCAGAGACUGUCCGUCACCUCCACGUGCGGCCUGCGCCAGCCGGAGCCCUACUGCAUCGUUAGCCACCUCCAGGAGGACAAGAAGUGCUUCGUCUGCAAUUCCCAGAAACCCUAUCAUGACACCCUCAAUCCCGACAGCCAUCUCAUCGAAAACGUGGUCACCACCUUUGCGCCAAAUCGGCUCAAGAUUUGGUGGCAGUCGGAAAAUGGUUUGGAGAAUGUAACCAUUCAGCUGGACCUUGAAGCCGAAUUCCAUUUCACUCACCUCAUAAUGACCUUCAAGACAUUCCGCCCGGCGGCCAUGCUGAUCGAGAGGUCGUCCGACUUCGGGGAGACCUGGGAGGUGUACCGGUACUUCGCUUACGACUGUGAGAGCUCCUUCCCUGGCGUGUCCACGGGCCCGAUGAAGAAGGUGGACGACAUCAUCUGCGAUAACCGGUAUUCCGACAUCGAACCUUCAACCGAGGGAGAGGUGAUUUUCCGGGCGUUAGAUCCGGCUUUCCGAAUAGAGGAUCCUUACAGUCCAAGGAUUCAGAAUCUGCUGAAAAUCACCAACUUGAGAAUCAAGUUCGUCAAGCUGCACACCUUGGGUGACAACCUCUUGGACUCCAGAAUGGAGAUUCGGGAAAAAUACUAUUACGCAAUUUAUGACAUGGUAGUUCGAGGCAACUGUUUCUGUUACGGCCAUGCUGGGGAGUGCGCCCCAGUGGACGACGCCACGGAAGAUGUCGAAGGAAUGGUCCACGGACACUGCAUGUGUAAGCACAAUACCAAGGGCUUAAACUGUGAGCUCUGCCUGGACUUCCACCACGAUCUGCCCUGGCGGCCCGCGGAAGGCCGCAACAGCAACGCCUGCAAGAAGUGUAACUGCAACGAACACUCGGGCACGUGCCACUUUGAUAUGGCCGUAUACGUGGCGACGGGUAACGUCAGCGGAGGAGUGUGCGACGACUGCCAACAUAACACCAUGGGUCGCAACUGUGAGCGGUGCAAGCCCUUUUACUACCAGCAUCCGGAGAGGGAUAUCCGGGACCCCAACAUCUGUGAACAGUGUAGCUGUGACCCGGCCGGCUCCCAGAACGAAGGGAUUUGUGACGGCUACACCGACUUUGCCGCCGGCCUCAUCGCCGGUCAGUGUCGGUGUAAGCUGUACGUUGAAGGAGAGCGCUGUGACGCUUGCAAAGAAGGCUUUUACGGCCUAAGCCCCGACGAUCCAGUUGGCUGUCAGCCGUGUUCCUGCAACCCCCUGGGAACGGUUCCCGGUGGGAAUCCCUGUGACUCGGAGACAGGACACUGCUACUGCAAGCGUCUCGUACACGGACAGCUCUGUGACCAGUGCCUGCCCGAGCACUGGGGCUUGAGUAACGACCUAGAUGGAUGUCGAGCAUGCGACUGUGACUUGGGAGGAGCGCUCGGCAACAACUGCUCGGCCCAGACGGGCCAGUGUCUGUGCAGGCCUCAUAUGAUCGGACGCCAGUGUGACCACGUGGAGUCUGGCUUCUACUUCAGCAUGCUGGACCAUUACAUCUACGAGGCGGAGGAAGCCCACUUGGGCCCGGGAGUCAGUCUGGUGGAGCGGGAAUACGUGCAGGAACGGAUUCCAUCCUGGACCGGCUCGGGGUUCGUCAGAGUCCCCGAAGGCGCCUACCUGGAGUUUUUCAUCGACAACAUUCCCUACUCCAUGGAAUACGACGUGCUCAUCCGCUAUGAGCCUCAGUUGCCGGACCGCUGGGAGAAGGCCGUCAUCACCGUCCAGCGAGCUGGAAAGAUCCCUACCAGCAGCCGGUGCGGGAACACCGUUCCCGAUGAUGACAAUCAAGUGGUGUCGCUCUCGCCGGGGUCCAGGUACGUGGUCCUCCCGCGGCCCGUGUGCUUUGAAAAGGGUCUGAAUUACACCGUGCGGCUGGAACUGCCUCAGUACGCGUCGCUGGAGGGUGGCAUCCAGAGCCCCUACACGCUCAUUGACUCACUUGUGCUGAUGCCCUACUGUAAAUCGCUGGAUAUUUUCACCGUUGGAGGCUCAGGUGAUGGAGCGGUAACCAACAGUGCCUGGGAAACCUUCCAAAGAUACCGAUGUUUGGAGAACAGCAGGAGCGUUGUGAAGACCCCUAUGACGGACGUGUGCCGGAACAUUAUUUUUAGCAUUUCCGCGCUCCUGCACCAGGCAGGUUUGGCUUGCCAGUGUGACCCACAAGGGUCUCUGAGUUCCGUCUGUGACCCCAACGGAGGGCAGUGCCAAUGCCGGCCCAACGUAGUUGGCCGAACCUGCGACCGGUGUGCCCCUGGCACUUUUGGCUUUGGCCCGAACGGAUGCAGACCUUGUGAAUGCCACGGGCAAGGGGCCGUCAAUGCGUUCUGUGACCCCGUCACCGGCCAGUGCCCUUGCUUCCAUGGCAUCUACGGGCGCCAGUGCGACCGCUGUCUGCCCGGCUUCUGGGGGUUCCCGAGCUGCCAGCCCUGUCAGUGUAACGGGCACGCCGACGACUGCGACCCCGCCUCGGGCGAGUGCCUGGGCUGCCUGGACUAUACCACCGGACACAACUGCGAUCGGUGUCUGUCGGGUUACUACGGAGACCCCGUCAUCGGCUCGGGGGGUCACUGCCGGCCGUGCCCGUGCCCGGACGGCCCCGAGAGCGGGCGGCAGUUCUCCAGCGGCUGCUACCAAGAUCCCGUGAGCUUGCAGCUCGUGUGCGUCUGCAAUCCCGGUUACAUAGGAGCCAGGUGUGACGAAUGCGCCUCCGGCUUCUUCGGCAACCCGGGAGACGUCCGCGGCCGGUGCCAGGAAUGCCGCUGCAACUCCAACGUCGACACGGCCGACCCAGGGGCCUGCGAUCGGCAGACGGGACGCUGUCUGAAGUGCCUGUUCCACACUGAGGGCGAGAGUUGCCACCUCUGCAAAUUCGGAUACUACGGAGAUGCCCUCCAGCAGGACUGUAGAAAGUGUGUGUGCAACUCCCUGGGGACCGCCCAGGAGCACUGCGAAGGAGAGGACUGUCAGUGUGACGCCCAAACUGGCCAGUGCCCGUGUCUUCCCAACGUGACGGGCCAGAACUGUGACCAGUGCUCCCCAAACACCUGGAACCUGGCCAACGGCACGGGCUGUGAGCUCUGCGCCUGUGACCCUGCCCAUUCCUUCAGCCCGUCCUGCAACCAGUUCACAGGGCAGUGCCAGUGUGCGCCAGGGUUCGGAGGGCGGACGUGCAGCGAGUGCCAAGAGCUGUUCUGGGGAGACCCGAACGUGGAGUGCCGAGCCUGUGACUGUGACCCGAGAGGCACGGAGACGCCCCAGUGUGACCCGGCCACCGGCCAGUGCGCCUGCCGGGCCGGGGUGGAGGGGCCGCGCUGCGACCGGUGCACCCGCGGCUACUCGGGGCUCUUCCCCGACUGCGCCGCCUGCCACCGGUGCUUUGCCCUGUGGGACGCCGUCGUCACCGAGCUCACCAACCGGACGCAGCGCUUCCUGGACGGGGCCAAGGCCCUGAGGGUCAGCGGGGCCGUCGGGCCCUACCGAGACACGGUGGACGCGGUGGAGCGGACCAUCGGCGAGGUCCGGGACAUCCUGGCCCACAGCCCCGCCGCGGAGCCGCUCGGGAACAUCGGGGAGCUCUUCGAGGAGGCCGAGAAGUUGACCCGAGAUGUCGCGGAGAAGGUGGCCGAGGCGGAGGUCCAGCUGUCCGAGGUGGCCUCCGGCGGCAACCGCACGCGGGACCGGCUCGACUCCCUCCAGACGGACUCGCGGAGCCUGGGCCGCGCCGUGAAGGAGCUGGCGGAACACCUGGAAUUCAUCAAGAACUCAGACAUCCAGGGAGCCCUGGAGAGCAUCACCAAGUAUUUCCAGGCGUCGCUGGAGGCCGAGGAGAGGGUGAACGCGUCCACCGCGGACGCCGCCGGCCCGGUGGCGCGGUCCACCCUGACGCGGGAGCGGGUGGAGAGGCUUCUGGAGGCGGAGGAGGACCGGUUCCGGCGGCAGCAGGAGGAGCAGUCGCGUCUCCUGGACGAGCUGGCCGGGCGGCUCCAGAGCCUGGACCUGGCCGCUGUGGCGAGCAAGACCUGCGGGACGCCCCCGGGGGCCUCCUGCUUGGAAACGGAGUGCGGCGGCCUGGGCUGCCGGACGGACGACGGGGAGAAGAAGUGCGGCGGCCCGGGCUGCGACGGGCUGGCCACGGCGGCCCACGCCGCCUGGCAGAAGGCCGCGGACUUCGACAGGGACGUGGUCGGCGCCCUGGCCGAGGUGGAGCAGCUGUCCAAGAUGGUGGCGGAGGCCAAGGCGAGAGCGGACGAGGCCAAGGACAGCGCGCAGCAGGUGCUGCGGAGGGCCGGCGCCACCCGGGAGCGGCUCGACCGCAGCAACCAGGAGCUGAGGGAUCUCAUCGGCCAGAUCCGGAACUUCCUCACGCAGGACGGCGCGGACCUGGACAGCAUCGAGGCCGUGGCGGCCGAAGUGCUGCGGAUGGAGCUGCCCAGCUCCCCCGAGCAGCUGGGGAACCUGACGCAGGAGAUUCGGGCCCGGGUGAACAGCCUGUCGCAGGUGGAGGCCAUCCUGGAGCAGAGCGCCGCCGACAUCGCCCGGGCCGGGGCCCUGCUGGACCAGGCCAAGACAGCCAGCCAAAGCGCCGCCGCCGUGAAAGUCACCGCGGACGCCGUCAAGGAGGCCCUGGAGGAGGCGGAGAAGGCGCAGGUUGCGGCCGAGAGGGCCAUCAAGCAGGCGGGCGAGGACAUUCAAGGGACCCAGGACCUGCUGACCUCUAUCGAGUCGGAGACGGCGUCCUCGGAGGAGUUGCUGACCUCGGCCUCGCUGCGCCUCGAUGAGCUGGAGCAGAGCGUGGGGCAGCUGCAGCGGCGGACGGAGCUGAACUCUCAGGAGGCCCAGCACGUGCAGACCGUGGUGGAAAAGCUGAGCGGCGACGUGGAGGCCGUCAAGGAGGCUCUCGCCGGCGACUUGGAGGAGAAGUACCAGAGGGUGGAAAACCUGAUCGCCCAAAAAGCCGAGGAGUCGGCCGAGGCGCGGAGGAAGGCCGGCCUGCUGCAGACCGAGGCCCGGGCGCUGCUGGCCGACGCCAACAGAAAGCUGCAGCUACUGAAAGACCUUGAGGGCAAGUAUGAAAGCAAUCAGAGCCAGCUGGAAGCCAAGGCCCGCGAGCUGGGCCGGCUGGAGGAGGAGGCGCGGGCCCUCCUCCGGGACAUCAGUCAGAAGGUGGCCGUGUACAGCACCUGCCUGUGACGGCCGGACGCUCACCCCAUCACCCCUGCCUGCUCUUGACAAUCGCUCUGUAAAGUUGCCAUUGGCAAAUUAAAGACCGGUGCCCGCGUGCCCCUGGCUCACGGGGUUUCUCAAA